GCGCAGCGGCGUGGCCGCUUGGCACCCGACCCCCCUUCCCCGCACCUCUUCAGGCGAUGCUGCUGAUGCAGCAGACGCAGCACAGGUCAUCGCCAACGCGAUGAUGACGACCUUGCCCAGCUUCUCCGACGACAGCCCUGCUCCCAUGGCACCAGUGGCAGCUCAGAACGUGCUGCAGUCGCUCUUCCAGCGCCAGACCGCGGCAGGCAGCCAGGGGGCGCCGACCGAGGAGGCGGGAGACGCUGUCGCAGGCAGCCUUCAGCCAGUAGCAGGCGAGCCUGUCGGCGAACCCGCGGGCGAGCCCGUCGCCCGCGCCCCCGGUGUCGCGCCAGCAGAAUCCCCGAGCGACGCCCGCCCGCCCUGUCCGCCCCAGCCCGGGGCAACCAAGGAGGCGACAAAGCCUGACAAAGAGGCAGCAAGGGACCCCCUGCCUGACAAAGAGGCAACGAAGGAAGAGGCUGAAGAGGAGGCGGGCGAGGGGGCUGAAGAGGAGGACGUGCCAGUGGAGCAGCUGUCGGACGACGACAAGAGGGGGGGGGGGGAGGUCGAGGCCCUGCUCUCGCAGGGCGACCCGAAAUGCUCCAUGUGCAAGAAGGAAGCGAAUCCGCUUGCACAGGGUUGUAAGAUCACCCAUGGCGGCACGGAGCAGGAUCACUUCUACCAGAAUUGCGGGUCAGCCGCUGCUGCUUGCCGCGACGCGAUGAAGGGGGUGCUGAUGAAUGUGCGCAUGAAGCGCAUCACGGAGACCCGCGCUGGGCAAUUCCUGCCCUUGUCUGUGUGCGAGAAGCUGGGAUGCACCACGAAAGACAUUGAGGAGAAAACACAGGCUGCUGACAUCGAGGAUCACCCAGUUCUCGGGAAGACGCACCGAGUUCAGAUCCGCGAGAUCUCGGAGGCCAGGGUCAAGGAGGUCACCAUGCAGGAGAUAGCUAAGAAAGUUGGCCGCAAUCUCAAGCGCAGAGCGUCAGCCUUCCUGGAGGGCAGUAAGGGCAAGAAGGGCAAGAAGGGAAAGAAGGGCAAGAAAGGCAAGAAGGACAAGAAGAACAAGAAGGACAAUAUCGAUGACGAGGAAGAGCUCUCAGGGUCUGACGCGGGCCUCAGCCCAAAGGAGCUUGCGGCCAAGCGCAAGGCGAGGCUCGCAGCAGAGAAGAAGGCGGCCCGCGAGGCUAAGAAGAUUCAGAAAGCCAUGGGCAGGGAGAUGGCCAAAGAGCAGACAGCCCGCAAAAGGGAGGACCAGAAGAAGCGCACCAAGGGCUUGCAGGUCGUUAGCAAGGCGCUGUUGGCGGCGAAGCCUUUGCCGAAGAAGACGGGGGAUCUUCUGCGCGAUGAGCGCGCGAAGAAGGCGCUGGCGACGUGCACUGAGGAGGCCACCAAAAAGCAGAAGUUUCUGACUGAUGUUGUGGAGCAUUGCAACAAGUGCCUGGAGGACGAGGAUGUCGUCCCAGACGUCAAGGAGGAGGAGGUUAAGACGGCUGUCACCUACAUGACAGCGUGGACGAAUAAUAUCAAGGCUGCUUUCGAGACGCAGUCGUGGGCCAAGAAGAAGUGA